GACCCUGAGAGGGCGGAACUCGUUCCAGAUGCGAUGAAGUUCUCAAGACAUACCGCUGGUCGGUUUUGUAAAUUUGCUGUGGCCAGCUGGAGACAAAGGCUCGUCGUUCAAAAUGCUUGCCUUACUGCAACCGACUGUACUUUCGCCGGAUCCCGAGAAUUUACUGCUCCUCAUCGUUGCGCAUGCGUUAUCUCUCACUUAUACCGCAUGCGCAUGUCAACUUCAUCGAGACGACACUAUUCUAGCUAUGAGACUCCUACCGACAGACGCACGCUACUGGUAAUCCAACCAGAGUACAAAACAGGGAGAAUUGAAACCCCAUAUGUUCCAGCCGAACGAAAGUUGGAGGAAGCUGUGAGCCUAGUUGAAUCCAUUUCCGGGUGGACCGUACACUCACACAGGGUGGACGCUGUUCGUAGACCACACACUAAGACCUUCUUUGGAAAGGGGAAAAUGGCCGAGUUGAAACAGUUUGUUGGCAAUCUCCCGGUGAGUGGUGUGUAUCUCAACGUGCCGCGUCUCACGCCAGUCCAACACCGGACGUUGGAGGGGAUCUUUCGGAGAAAGGUCUUCGAUCGUUUCGGGAUUGUUCUGCGGAUAUUCAAGGAGCGUGCGAGGACCAAAGAAGCAAAACUUCAAGUGGAACUUGCCGAGAUGCCCUACCUGAGGGCACAACUAGCCGAUCUGGAAGCGUCCGGAGCCGUGGGGAGGGAGGUUAGGGAGGUGGCGGGGAAGAUAAACGCUCACCAGAAAAGGGAGGCGGUUCUUAGACAAGAGCUGAAGCACAUCCAGGAGAGACGGCAGGUGAUGAGCGAGCAGAGAAAAAGACACCACUUACCAGUGGUAGCGGUCGUGGGGUACACCAAUGCCGGAAAGACGACACUCAUAAAAACGCUCUCAAAAGACGAAAGCGUGACUCCGGCAGACAUGCUGUUUGCAACGUUGGACACGACCGUUCAUGCCGGGAAACUGCCGUGUGGGCAGAAGGUUCUGUACGUUGAUACAAUAGGGUUUGUGUCUGAUCUGCCCCACGAGUUGGUGGAGUCAUUUUCAUCAACACUGGACGAUGUGACACAUGCUGAUGUCUUGCUGCAUGUUCGUGACCUGAGCCAUCCUCCGGCAGCACUAUGCUCAGAAGUCGGACGUUGAUGAAGGUGCUGAGUCGGUUGGACCUCUCUCCGGACGACGGCAUUAUACGCGGCUGGGAAUAAGGCAGGACGACUGUAAGUUAUAUAUAAUGUAGUCUACAGAGGCCUGCAUGCCAUGCCUCACUGCCAUACAUUGCUUUUCUACAUAAAGGGAACAUGUGUCAGUACAUAAGGGCUAAUGAAUUUAGAAUGUUACGUCAAAGAUAGAACAACAAAGUGAGACCCAGUGCAAGAAUGCACAUUAUUUUCUGUUCA